AUGAGACUAUCCUUCCAACAAUCUCUCAUCUUCGCACUCGCCGUCAUGGCCCCUGUUGUGAUUGCUUGCAAAGGAGCAGGUCUACAAACGAUGGCGCCUCCAACGGCGGUCUCAGCGCUAGCUGCUCCGACGCAGGCGUCUGCCGCGUCUCGAGUCUUCGCUAUUCCAGAGCUACUCGAGGAGAUUCUGCUGCAGUUAGCUUCCGACACUUUGCUUCCAACAUCCAACCUCCGAAAUGCGGAUUUACAAUGGUACCCAAUGCCGGCCGACCAACUGGCACUCUCGCUGUUCACCGCCCAGCGUGUCAGCAAAGGCUUCCUGAACACCAUCCGAGGCUCAGUCAAACUCAAGCCGCUCAUGUGGCGCGCACCUGUGGAGGAAGUCGAAGAAGACAACCUACCCCUUCGGAAUCAUCGCCCACUGGAGUGCUUGCUAGGUCGCAUGGGCAGAGGAUUUUUCAGCAGAGAACCAUGCUUGAUCAGCGAACAAGGCUCUGAGUGUGUCCGUGUCGGGGCUAGGGAAGAUUCUGACGCCUUCGACGGCAAGUUUGAGGAUACAUUGGAGGCAGCAUUGCGGUGGGGCUGGCUUAAUCCUGAAGCUUCUUGGAGGGACAUCCCGAUCUGCCACACGAAGUCGGAGAAGAACAUCAUUCUUCAAUUGGCCACUAGUACCAUCAGCUACCCCGAUAUUGGUACGGCUGUCAUGAAGUGGGAUCUCAGCCCAGAUACCACAUUGGGACGUGUCUACGAGCUCUUCCGCAGAUUCUUCAAACUGGUCGAUCAGCAGCGGGUGAUCAAGGUGGAAUAUGACAGGCAGUUUGCGGAGGGUGCGAGGGAUGCCAUGCGUGCCGGGCUCGAGACGGAGGCCUGCGCUUACGGCCUUCUGACGACUUUGGAUCCCUAUCAUCUUACUUAUCUUAAUUGA